AUGGAUUGCCCUCAGCAAUUUCAAAGUAGCUGCGGAUGGGAAAUUAGUCUUGGGGAAGGGGCUGGAGCUGGCGGCUCUUCCCAUAUUGGGGAUUCUUUUAGUCCUUGUCCGCGGAACAAUGAGAAUCGCUGGAGCCAAAGUGACCGUGCGCAAGAGGGCCUGGUAGUUGAUUGGAAUGGAGGAGCAGACACAGCAGCAGAACACGGCCCAAACAACGAAGAUACAUCUCCUCAGGGCUCAACAGGACAAGGCAACGAACACGCUGCACCCAGCCCGGGCAAUGGGUACCUUCUAGGACCAACGCACGGUGCGGGUCUGGUAGUGUCGAGGAACGGAAUGGCGGCUAGCAACGGCUUUGGCCUAGGGCGCACAGCAAGCAACCAUGGCCUUCCAGGAGGACAAACUUUACAAAAUCCGAUCAACGAGCAAAGCAACAGACUAGUUUCUAUUUCCCUGGGAGCUUCGCAGCGGCUCCCGCCAAUAGCAGUCGUGACAUCAGGCACACCAAGAGGAGAGGGUUGGAACGAAGGUUCUUGGAGUCACUUUCGUAGUGGAUUUGCUGCUAGAAAUCUGGCCCCUUCCAACAACUGGCCGAUGGUGCCGGCCCCUAUACCUGGCACCUUCACCUCUAAUUGGUCGACGAAUAAUUCACUUAUACGUCAAGAAGCUUUUGUCGUCGAGGCGCAAUCAAACAGGUUCUCUGCACUUCCUCCCCUGCCAAUGGGUGUGUUGCCCCAAGGACCACCCACCGGUACCGCUUCUCAUACCGAACAUUCGACUGCCUUUCCACCCCCUGAGAACCCCGAUCAUGACAACGGUAGAGCGCUAGGACGCGGACCGAAUCGUAAUGACCCAUUUUCACUGAAUGCCCCAGGAAAUGGACUCGCCUCACACGAUUCGAGCGGCAGGCUCGAGCAGAAUCAGGAACAAGCUCACGACGCAAUAAACCCGACGGCUUUGGAAAGCCGGAGUGAAACGGGUAGCAAUGGUCGACCUCAAACAAUAGAUGAUGACCCUCAGAGUGACCGAGCAGGACACGAUGCAACCAAUGAGCGAAUGAACAGACCGCCGCCUUUGUCCCGUAGAAAUGGCCAACAGCUCCCGCCGAUAACAUCACUCGCAACAUUCAGCACACCAAGAGGAGAGGAUCUCAAUGCUGGUACAAUUCCAGUUGUGGUAUUGGACAACAACCCAAGUUCUUCAAGUAGAUUUGCCACCAACAAUUCGGGUGCAACCCCCCAACCAUUGGCAACACCGUGGUCACUCCCAGCCCCCACACCGGGCACCUUGACCGCCAAUUGGCCAGCGGGCAGCCCGUUCGCAAAUCCUGGUGCUUUUGGUGUAAAGGGUCGAUCGAAUGGAUCCUCUGGGCUUCCUCCGCCAGCGGGUAGCGUUACGACGGAAUAUGGAUCCGGCAACGAGCCUGCCACCUGGGUUUCAAAUGGCCGGCCUCUGCUCUCAGGGCCGACGCGAUACGGCGCGACGAUGGGCAUCCCACAUGGCUACGAUGCUUUGACCUUGAAUGGGACAGGGGGUCAGACGGCAAGUCCUAUUGAAAACGGUCAACGGAACAUAAUACACCAAGGUCAAAAUAUUCCCGCAGGCUAUCAACCUGCUACCCUGGGAAACACACCGUGGCAACCACCGGCGGAGGAUUUGAUUAGCUUUGAUUUCGGAAGCCCGGCCAGUUCGUUUCAAACUAACUUGGAUUUAUGGCCCAACCAGGUUCAAAGCGAGCCUUUAUUGUCGAUGAAUGGUCUUCACGCCACAAAUCUUGACUUAUGGCCCGGCCAGGUCCAAGGUACAUUUCCGAUGUCAAUGGACGGUUUUUACGCCACAAAUCUCGACUUAUGGCCUGGCCAAGUGCAAGGUGCAGCUUCGGUAUCAACGGAUGGUUUUCACAUGGAUCUCGACAUAUCAUUCAAUCAAGUUAGUCAUAUUCGAUAG